AUGACAAUUUUAGAAAGAAAAGCAUUGAGAGAAGAAAAUUCAGCUCUAAGAUUCCAAGUUGCCUUGCUUGAAGAAAGACUAGAAUAUCUUAAAAGUCGUAAAGAUAAGAGAAAAAAAAAUUCAUUCUUACCUA